UUAAAAAGUGGGUAAUCUUGACACUUAAAAUACAUUUCAAUACCUUGCCCGAAUAAAGGUUUUUUUAGGAUAGGAGUUGGCAGUGAUAGUAGCCGGUGCAGUGUAGUCUUUGCCGAGCAUAAGCUCCUCCUUGGCCCUACUUGAAUGCACACAUCCAAAUAUCGUUUCAUUUAAUAAAAUACUGGAAAUACUUAGCAGAACAAGCAAUAUCCACAAAGAAGGAAAUGUUAUUGUUCUCUAUUGACUCUGAGUAAUCAUUUCCCCUUCACAAAUGCAGCUUGCCCUGCUGAAUACUUCAGCUUGUGUUUUUCUCACUGUCGACAGUAAUCACUAGCUAGCGAGUACGGGUUGUCCACCUCGGGAAUUCCGUGUCACUGGGCAUGGGUUUCUGUGGGUCCGUGUGUGGCUGAUGAAUCCAAUCCCACCGCAGCAUCCCCAACCAGACAAAUGGCAGGUGUUUCCCGGAAGUGGAGCUAGUCCUUCAAAUUGCUAGCAUUCCUUUCUCAGGUUCCUGUUCGUAUUUCUUCUUGCCGAUGGGUGUUCUCAAAGAGUUGUGUCCCUUCAUACAGGACUUUCCUUCAAGUCACUUUUUCUUGCACAACAGUCUUCAAUGUGUUAACCUCUAUGUUGCAUUUCUCGAAGGAAGCCUUCAGGAGCGUCUAGAUAGAUGCCUGGUAUGGGAUAUCUUUUAACGUGAGAAUAUUGUUGCACAUCAGCAGACCCACGUUCACUGACAGUAGGUAGAUCCAGCGCCAAUGGUAAGGAAAUAUUGGCUCGGAAUCUCCCUAUGGUUUGCAGCCGUUAUCACUCACAUAACUUACUCUUUUGUUCUAGUAUUUUGCUGUUAUAUCAUUGUAGUUAACUGGUUUCACUUUUGUAUAUUAUUAGGCCUGAAUUGAUCCAUCUGGUAUUUCUCCAUUAAUAUAAACAUGUGGCUAUUAUUGAGAAUUUCUGUCUUGUCAGCCACAGCACCAUUUUGAAGGAGAGAACAUUAGAAGAACCAUGUUAUUGGGUGCACUCCAUAUGUUAUGGUUCUGCAACACCAAUGGCUAUGAGGCAAUAUAUCCAGUGCUCGGCUAUGAGGCAAUAUAUCCAGUGCUAAAUGCUAGGAAUAUCAUUCCUAAUUUUCCCUCUGUACAGACGUUAUCUGAACGGAUUGUCAUUAUAGGAAUAUUAAUACUUUAAAAAAAUGAAGGGGUGAGCUAAAGCAACAGGAAAUAGCUCAAUGUAUUUGUUGCCUGAAGUGAUCACACCUCUUGUCAUUUAUUACCCUUUAACGUCCUCCUGAAAAUUCAUCCCACCUACACAUGCUUUUGGUCCCUCAAAAUCUCUCCUCCAUCUUUGGCUUUGUGUACAUUUCCCUCCCCGCCCCCCUGCGGUGGCUGGGUAAAUUGUCCAUAUGCAACGCGAUAUUCAAAUGUAAGCUGCUUGCUGCUGGAAGAAAAUUAUUUAAUCCCUCGUCUGGAUCUGGGCUCCCAUCGGGGGGCACCUUUUGAAAUUCCAACAAAUAACCUUGGAAGUCCCGAUUAAUAAAGGGGGGCUGGAAAAUCAACUGGUGGGCGAUAUAGUGACCUCAGAUAUGAACAUAGCACAUAUAAUCCUCGCUUUAGUGGAAUGAGGUCCUGUGGCAAUCGCAGUUCAGUUUCACGAUUUACAGAAACCUAGCUGGACCACCAUAGGACGAGUAUGGAACUCCACCAUGAUGGGAAAAAUGAAGAAAGCGAAUCAGUACUAGUUACGACAUUUUGGUAAAUAAAAACAUUAUUUGCACGGAAGAAGAGCACUAAUUUAGAAUGCUUUGCAUGUAAGAAGGAGACGUUAUGUUGACGUGACGCCGCCGGCCCUUUAAGUGACGGAUGCCCUGUGCUGAGAGCAGUGCUUUGUCCUGCUGUAAGCGCUCUGCCUCCAUCACUGCGUCAAUUUCACCUGAUCAAUUACUGCGUGGCCCCAUUAAUCAGCACCAAACAACACACACACAAAAACCAACAGCGCUCACAGCGAGAGGGAAUGUCCAGGGGAGCUGCCUCAUAACAUCACCAGGUUUAUCAUCAACCCGAUCCUUCCCAAUCAAACUGAACACAACAAGCUUCGCCCUGCAUUCUGACAAUCCCAGCCCUGACCCGAGUGUUGUAUAUUUAAUGUUUGAUCUUCAAUCUUUCUGACAGCCGGUUGUGGUUUCACCGCUAGCCAAGGGCUCUUCAUUCCUCUUGGAGCGUGAGAAGACUUUGUUUUUGUGUGAAGAUUUCUCUUUCACUUUCGUCAGUAAUACAAAGCGGGUUCCACUAUGGCAAAUCAAUUGACGGCGAAUGGCGACUCCAGGGGUUUCGGAUCGAAGAAGGUCUCCACCGAUUACGAUUCGUCUUUGGAACUGUCUGUGCAAGCGCGGAUAUUUAAAAUUAUUGUAAUCGGGGACUCCAAUGUUGGCAAGACAUGUCUGACCUUCAGGUUUUGUGGGGGAACGUUUCCCGACAAGACAGAAGCCACCAUUGGAGUAGAUUUUCGCGAGAAACCGGUGAAUAUAGAAGGGGAAACAAUCAAGAUUCAGGUCUGGGAUACUGCUGGCCAAGAACGAUUCAGAAAAAGUAUGGUACAACAUUACUACAGAAAUGUACAUGCUGUGGUCUUUGUAUAUGAUGUAACAAAACUGGCCUCCUUUGAAAAUCUCAAAGCGUGGAUUCAAGAAUGCAACAGCCACUCAGUUUCACCCAGUGUGCCAAGGGUCCUGGUCGGAAACAAAUGUGAUCUCACUAAUGAGAUACAAGUAUCUUCCAACAUAGCACUCCGGUUUGCAGAUGCCAACAAUAUGCUUUUGUUUGAGACCUCAGCAAAGGAUCCAAAAGAAAGCGACCACGUGGAAUCCAUUUUCAUGUCUCUGGCAUGCAAGCUGAAGGCACAAAAAACGUUGACAUUUCAACAGAUGGAGAAAAGAGAUGGAAAAGUUCAUGUACAGUCUAAUGCUAAGAGUACAUGUCCAUGUUGAGUCACUUAGGCUGAGGAGUUGAGUGAGACUGAAGCUUGUGAGACUGUGCCCAUGUCAGUUUGCUAAAACUGCCUGUUCUUCAAUGUGUCCGAUAUCUGAGAAAAAUCAGUGAACUUUUAGGGUUCCUAAAACCAAAAACCUCAAUUACAAUUCUUUUAUGAUAAGUCUGUAACCCUUUCAGAAAUCUAAAUUAAUUUUAAGAUAAAUGUUGCCAUCUUUUGACAAACUGCCAAAUUUAUAAAUAUAGAACAAUGUACAACAUAAUAAGAUGAUGAGAUGUCCAUUGCCAAUUUUGUUGUUAAUGUUUAGGGUGCAUGAAAUAAAAGGGCUAUUCCCACAAUCUUGCACUUUCGGUAGAAAACUAUGUUGCAAGUGAAUCCAGAUCAGAUAUUAAGCAAUUGCAAUAUAUCCCUGAUUUUUCAAUCUGUUCUCCUGCAAGAUGUGUGCACAACAUUGUUGAAUUACAGGAACUCUGUAUUUCCUUUGUAACCAAUGUUUUGAGUUUUGGAGCAUGUUGUUCUCAGAAUUAUGAUUUUUGAAAGCUUCCACUCCUCUGAAAAGCCAAAAAUCAGCGUAUAUUUAGUGGCAAUAUUUGUGAAAGGGUAAAUGUUAAAAUAUAUCAAAAUAUUUUCAGCAAAGGAUAAAUACAAUUUUAUGGGAAUGUGAUCAGUGAAAAUCUUAUGAUGGUAGUAUCUGAUGGAGUCCUCACUGGGAUUUCAGACUCUGGGUCCUAAUCAGCAUUUCAGUUAAAGCCUUUACUACUGAUUCGGCAGACACCUGGUCCUGUUGCAUUAUAGAUUUUUGACAAACUUUGAAUAAAGAAGAAUUUGCUGAAGAAAACCACCAUGAAUUGUGUAAAUGAUGGGAUAGCUUCAAAUGCUUCAUAUUUUGAAUUUGUAAAACAAAAAUAUCAUUUUUAAUCAGAUCAACCAACUAUGAUCAGAAUAGAGACCUCAAACCAUUUUUAGUUUUUUAUAUUUGACCCAAAGUUAAGGUGAUCAGAAUAGGUAAUAAGAUUUUAAGCUGUGAUCUAAUAAGAAUUAACUGAAGAAUAGUUCAUUUCUUUUAAACUUUGCUGGUAACCCUUUAGAAGUCAAUUUUCAAUUGUUUGGUUGCACUGAACUUAAAUAUUGCAAAAAAGAGACAUAAUGUUAGGGUGAUAGAUAGAAGCUACAGGGACAUAGUUACGCCAGAGAACAGAGGUAGCUAGGUAACAGUUAGAGGUGGG